AUGUACAACGAAAUUUUAGUACAGAUCGUUGCGGCCAUCAUGCGAGACAGAUUCGCCGCGUUUCAAUGGCCAGAGCAAGGUCUCGAUCACAACAACGAUGGUCAUCGCGAGCUUGCAUUCGCUCUAGUGACUCAUGCGUAUGCAGGAGUAAGUCCCUAUUUUGUUUGCGCUGCAUCAGGUUUGGAUUGACCUGACAUUUUCGUCCUCCUCAUACAAUCGUCGAAACGUUAGAUUCGAUACGCCAUGCAAUUGCUCACCCCACCACCAUCACCGAUCCCGGGCUCGUCUGAUAGGGGUGCAAAGGAGACGAAGCAGACCGUCUCGCUGUGGCACGAGUUCUCGGCCACGCACUAUCAAGGGCAUGACCAAUCUAUCUUGCGAAGACGUCGGGGGGAAGGACGCGGGGCACCUUACUCAGAUGCUGUGCAGGUUCGCGUUGCUAAUCGCGUGCAGAGAAGCGUGGCAGUUGCGAUUUUGGGUGAAGCUCCCGGUGGUGCUGGGCGGGGAACGACGCCCCGAACCGUCAACCCCGAGGCUGCCGACCUAAUGAGGAUGACGGCUCAACAGGCUUUCGAUUUUGAAGAGUCUCUUUUCGAUUGA